CUCAAAUUGGACAUAGCCCCACAUUCUUUUGCAAGCACCUAAUAGGGACUAGGGGAACAAAAUCCCCCCUCUCUCCCUAUCUCUCUCCCUCUCUUCCAAAAAACUGUUCUUCUGAAAAUAGCAAAAAGUGGAAUGGAAUAGAAUGUUUCUGAUCUAAACUAAGUCCAGAUUUCAGGCUCUCUAAAACGGAAAGAUUAUCUUACCAAGAAAACAGAGGAAGCAAAGGAAAAAGAGAACUGAAAAAAAACAGAGCAAGGGGGAGAGAGAAAGAGAUGGGAGGGGUGACAUCGUCCAUGGCGGCGAAAUUUGCCUUCUUUCCACCAAACCCACCUUCAUACAAGCUAAUAACAGAUGACCUCACUGGUCUCUUGCUUUUGAGCCCCUUCCCUCACCGUGAAAAUGUUGAAAUUUUGAAAUUGCCCACUAGGAAAGGCACAGAGAUUGUGGCAAUGUACAUAAGGCAUCCUAUGGCCACCUCUACUCUUCUUUACUCUCAUGGGAACGCUGCCGAUCUGGGGCAGAUGUAUGAGCUUUUCAUCGAAUUGAGCAUCCACCUGAGGGUUAAUCUCAUGGGGUAUGACUAUUCCGGUUAUGGACAAUCAUCUGGAAAGCCAAGUGAGCAGAAUACAUAUGCAGAUAUUGAAGCUGCAUACAAGAGCCUAGAAGAAAAUUAUGGAACCAAGCAAGAAGACAUUAUCCUUUAUGGACAAUCUGUUGGAAGUGGCCCCACCGUAGAUCUUGCUGCUCGACUGCCUCAGUUACGAGCUGUUGUUCUGCAUAGUCCGAUACUUUCAGGUUUAAGAGUCAUGUAUCCUGUCAAGCGUACAUACUGGUUUGACAUUUAUAAGAAUAUUGACAAAAUUCCACUAGUUAAUUGUCCUAUUCUUAUCAUUCAUGGAACUUCAGAUGAGGUGGUCGAUUGCUCCCAUGGUAAGCAACUCUGGGAACUGUGUAAAGAAAAAUAUGAACCACUAUGGCUUAAAGGAGGGAACCACUGCGAUUUAGAGCACUUUCCAGAGUAUAUCAGGCAUCUGAAGAAGUUCAUAUCAACUGUUGAGAAAUCUCCUUCUCAAAGAUACAGUUCAAGGAGAAGCACAGACCAGUUUGAACAAGCCCGGAAGAGUACUGAUGUAUUUGAGGUUUCAAGGAAAAGUACAGACCGGAGAGAGAAACCAAGGCAUAGUACUGACAGGCCUGAGAAACUAAAAAGCCAAUCUAAUCAUGCUGAAAAGCUGGAAAAGCUCAAAAAUCAGUCUAAUAAUGCUGAUAAACUAGAAAAGUUACGCAUCUCCUUUGAUCAAAUGGAAAGGUCUCGAAGAAGUGUUGAUUGCCUUGAGAAGUCCCGUAAAAGCAUUGACCAUCAACUGGAAAGAGCACGGAAAAGCGUUGACAGGAAUCAAGUUAUGGAAUGGAUAGGGAAAAGGGCAACUAUGGUCUUCCCCCCUCUGAGCAUACCCUUCUGCUGGAAAUGGCAGUUGAAAAGACAAAUCCUUCAUUUGAUUAGCCAGCAGCUAAGUUAUCAAUUCAGUAAGCAAGGCACAAAGAGAAUUGGCUGCAAUUUGCAAUUGAGGCAUGCAUACACAAGAAGUAGCUAUUUACCUGCAAUAAGCAGCAAAAGAUUUUCAGAUCACUGAAGAGCAUGGCACUGCCACUGUGCGACUCCCUUGGUUUUUAUACUAUUUAUUUCUGGCAGCAGUCAUUGGAAAUUAUCGACUCCAACCAAAAUGAUAAUAUCAAAUGUUUUUAUUUUUGCUUAAUCGGUAAGCAUGGCUUGUAAUCCAUUAAAUCCUUGUUCACCACUGUACCCAUCUGUAGAUCCAAGCUCUCACCAACAGGUUUGUACCAUAUGAGAAAUAUAUUCAAUGACAGGUCGUUGAAUAGUA